UCUCUUGCAUUCAAGGUAUCUUCGUUCGUCUUCUCUUACAUCUUCGCAUCUUUAUUGAAUGCCUGGGAGCUAGGCUUCAACAUGUUUAAGAACAAAGGUCCAUCUUUAUCUCCAGAUACCGACUACACAAGGAAUCUUCGCGAGACUACUUUUUACAGAUAUGGCCAGCUUCGCUCCCUCGGUUUCACUGGAGAGGUGACUGCGCUUGCAGUUGACCCUGUACUCUCUCUCUUCGCCAUAGGCACUUCUAACGGUAUGGUCCACUGCUAUGGAGCUCCCCCUUUUCAGUUCACUCUUCCGGUUUCACCAAUCUCGUCUUCCGGUCCCGCACAUGUUAUCAAAUUCCUCCUGUUCCAUCCAGGUCAUAACAGGAUUAUCGCUAUUGAUGAUGGCAACACAAUCCACACCUAUACGCUCGAGCACAUGACGGAUCAUCCGAACCCUUCUCUACAUCCGCCGCUUCCCAUGAAGGAGAUCGCGUAUACUCUAUGGGGUACUGUGACUAGUGUAGAGCAACCAUUGCCUUGUCAUACCCAUUUGUUCUUGACCGUGAGAGACGGAACGACUUUGACUUGGGAUUUGAGCAGGAGGGGUUUGGGUAACUGGAAGAUUGGGAAUUGCUGGCAGGAUUAUGAGGAUAGAAUGAUAAGGAGUGGUGUACCUGGAAGAGAAAAGACCCUUGGAGGGCCAAUGGCAACUUGCUUAGCUAUGAAUCCUCGGGAUCUCAACAUCAUGCUGAUAGGAUACGAAGGAGGCGUCGUUGCAUGGGAUAUGCAGAGGAACAUGGUCGUCAAGACGUUCGAAAUGAUUCUCCCACCUGGUGCUCCAGGAGGCGGCUCCUAUCAGGAUGCUGACGGAUCCCUCUGGACAGAACGCGCACCAUCAGUCACCUUCAUAACCUGGCGUCCCGAUGGUCUUGUUUUUGCUGUUGGUCAUGUGGAUGGGUGCAUUGCGUUUUGGGCGUUCUCCGAGUCUGACAAGCCGUUGAUGGUGCGCACAAUCACGCACGAGGAUGUCAAUGUUGCCGAUGCCGAAAGUCUGUUGGAAUCUGGUGCUUUGCCUAGUAAGGAUAAAAAGGUGGAAAGGGAUCAGAAUGGGAAUGCGAUUGUCUCUGCUGUGUCGGCGAAUAGGGAACCAAUCUACAAGAUGGUAUGGGCGAGCUUUCCCGAUCAGGCCAGCUUGAAAGCUCUUAUAUCUGCUCAGGGAACUCCACAGGCAAGAGAACCGUUGACCAAUGCCACAGUGGAGCUUGCGGAGCGGGGUGAAACGCUUUUGUUGAUUUUGGGUGGACAGAGUCCUGGGGACAAGCCAGGGAUCAACAUUUUGCAAUUCCCUGCCUAUAAACCUCCUAUCAACGCCAGUUCCAAAUCCCCUUCGGAAAGCAUGCCUCUUCAGGAACGUUACGCUUUCCGUGACUCUCUUUUACCUACUGGUAGCUUCAACUGGCUUACUCGGACCCCCCCUGAAGACUUCAUCCUCAUCCCUCGAAGUAACCCUUACUUCAAUCUCUCACAUGACCCCAUCAGCAUCGUCAUCUCUCUCGCUCCUGAUCCCUCAAUUCCCGAGAUCAAGCAACCUUACGCGACACGUAGUCUUGAAGCGUGGGUAUUUCCACCACCGCGGUCUGAUGUUGCACCACCCUCGUCCGGAAGGAAGAACUACAUCCAGCCAGGAGCGGGCGAAAAAAUCGUUGCAAUGACACCAGCACCCAUCACACCCCCUGCACCUAUGUCACCCCGUGCUGGUGGCGGCUGGCGGCUACCAUGGUCCAUCCGCACACCCUCACCAGCGCUUAGUAUCCCCCCCGCAGCAUCGCCUGACACGCCUGUCAGUGAUAUCAGUGGUCUCAGCGGUAUCACGACUAACUUUCAACGAUCUGCGAAGAUGCGAAAGCAGCUUUCGUUCCCUUCUACCGUUUGGUCUGGCGCCCUCUCUGUCCUAGGCACCGAGCUGUAUGCGCUGAGCACUCCAGUGUUUAAACGACUCAUAAGCUGGACAAUCGAACAUGCCGGCGAGGAGGAAAUGCCGAGAUUGCCAUUGCGAGGUGGUCUAGCAGUUCCAGAUCUCCAAUCGCAUGGGGCGCCAGAAGUCAUGGUCGCCAAAAUGGAAAGCUAUCGUAUCCUCGUCACUUAUCACGCAGAUGGUACGGUAAGGUUCUGGGACGCUUCUCCACAUAUUCUCAUCUUACCGACGCCCCUCCGAUUUGAGUUCCCCAAUCCUCUCCCUCACUUGACCAUCAACACCGGUAAUUACCUGAAACAUCCAGACGUCUCCCAUCUCCCUCUCGCUCAGUUGUGGUUGAACGAUAGAUCUAAGGUCAGGAUCAAAUCAGUACACCUCGCAAGAGAGGCUUUGGAAUGUGUAAUUACAUUUACGACAGGCGAAGUCCUCGUGACAAAGUUCCAGAAGGCCAAGACAUCGACGGAUGACGAUAGAUAUCAGGAGAUAUUGAAUAGGGGAGGGGAUCAGGUUGGGGAAGAGACUGAGGGAAGUUAUUUUCCGCCACAGCCAAGGCAACAAGGGAAGAGCGAGUGGGUAGAGGAAGUAUUGGAGAUUGGACAUUUGGCAAAGCCCAACACAGAUGGAUUCAAGCCUGUAGCCAUUUUCACAACGAAGCAGGGAGAGCCUAUUUCUUGCGCAGUAUCUGACAUUGGUUUCAUCGCUGUCGCAUUCUCUAGCAAAUCGCUUGCGAUAAUUGAUAUGCGAGGCCCGGAUGUCAUUUUGAGGGAAGGGUUCGAUGAAGAUGGUGCAAUGAUGAAGAAGAAAAAGAAGAAGGGAAAUAUCCAGAACGUUUUGCCAGAGACCUCUGUCGUGGGGUCACUGAAAUGGACAGUGUCAGGAAUGGGAGGAGACAUGGUUAAUAGACCGAGACUGAUAGUAUCUUACGUUAAAGGCUUGACAAAAAUCUACGCUCUCAUCAAUGUUCUAGGUGAAUGGGUCGUCGAGGCCAAACCCCCCACAUUCACCAAUGAUUCCCUUUUCGGACCGAUCGCGUCUUUCGUCCUCGAUCCAAUGACAGGUAAUGAAUUGGCUACAAGUGCCACUGCCCUACAAGCAGCCAUGCAAGAGCCUACAGAUUAUGGGAAGGGAAAAGAGGCAUCAGUCCACUGUCUUUGGAUUGCCGCGUCUAAGAAGAGUAUUAGAUGUGCCAUAAACUUCAGCGGAGAAAGAAUAGCAAAGGUCGAGCUGGAAGAUGAGGAGUUAUCUAACGUUUUCUACGUUACCAGGCAUGGUCACAAGAUCAUCAUUGCUGUGACGACUACCGGCUCCGCACUAGUUUACACCGUCCCCUUCCUCCAAUACAUCACCCGUAUAAAUCUUUUCUUCGGACCCCAAGGACGUUCCAGUGGCAAAUUGUCCAUAGACGACCGUUCUGGUGACUUUGUUGAGUAUAGCGGCCCUCUCGAUAUCAACCUGCGGACAUUCUUCCACUUCCGCAAACCGUUACCGCCUCGUAUCGAUCCUUGUGCACACAAGAAAGCCAUACCGCCACAACCACAACCAGUCAAUGCAGGAGUGAUCUCUUGGAUUUGGGGCGCAACUCUGACCGGUGCUCAACUCGAUGCUCUCAUUGGAGGUCCAUUGAGAGCUCCCCCUCCAAAAGCCCCAGCGGGCCCUCACAAACCUCUCAUCUCAUGGGGAAAGCCGGAAGAAGAACCGGAAAAGCCACCUCAGCUCCCAUCCAAUACAUUGCCGAAUCGAACAGCUGUUAAGAAAACGAAGGCGCCAAAAGCGCAGGAGGGUGAGAGACAAGAUGUGUACACGGAAAUGACAAACGCUAUAUCGUUGCGAGGGGAUGUUCUCGAUAUGCUCGGAGAGUCACUGAACAACGUCUCGACAUCUGCAACCCAAUAUCUUGGUCAGGCAAAGAACGCAGCUAUGAAAGAGACAGCGAAGGCAGGGGCGAAGGGUAUAUUCGGCAAGUUGUUGUAACAAGUAGUUUUUAACAAGACUUUUAGUGUAGUUUUAUCUCUGGUUAUCUACGACUGGUUUUUCAUCUCUCUGCUGGUCCAGUUAUCUAUUACAUCUUUAUGCUUAUAUAUUUUAUUCACGGUCAUGAAUAAAUAAAUGUCUUGU